CAGUCCCACCCCUUCCUGCGAGCGCGCUGCUGCCGCCCCGCUCCGGCCCACACGCUUUCCCCCGCCUACCGCUGCUUUCGGAACUGCUGCUUUCGGGCCUGGGUUACUGGGCGGGCAGCGGACCAGCGGUGGACGCGGCUGCGAGCGGCGGUUGUUCUUAUCAGCCUUCCUCUCCGGCCUUUUGCAACAACACGGGGUUCGAGGAGAAGAGGAACUACAAAUCGUGGAUUGUUUACCUGAGGAGUCCAUGGACCUCAGGUGGAUUGUAUUCAAGAGUGUUUUCACAGAGCUACUGUCUGUCAUCUUUGAAAGGCCAUGAGACUCAAGGAGAUCUCCAAAGACUAUGAGGAAAGGCAAAUCUUAAUGUUCAUUUUCAAAAAGCACUAGAAAAUCAGUCCAGAGGAUUGUGGGCUGUGGAAAGAUCAUGAAGGAAGCCAUUUGUAGGCAUAAGAAGGAGCAAGGAUAAAUCAUGCCUUACUAAGUGGAUUGUCUCCUGUGGCAAAAUAACUGUAUCGGAAGAUGAAGAGAAGGUGUUGGAUGUCAUCUAUUGUGGGCCUAGGGGGACCUACUGGAAACCUUUAUAUGCCUAAGAGAUUAUUGAGAAGAUAGAGACAGUCUUUCUGCAUAGCUGCACUGUAGAGGAAGAGACCGCACAAAUUGGAACAGGGAAGGUUCCAAUUGAAAGUAAGGAAAAGAGAACAGUGCAGCAUUGGGACAGGUGGACCAGAAGGCAUCCUGAAUUGACUGCAAAUAACUUUUGAGGCUUCCUGUUCCUUACAUACAUAAGUAUGAGAGACUGAGUUGUCUAGAUGGACCUUGCACCACAGUCUCUGCUCAGUCGAUGAAAAGGCAGAGUAACUUCCUGGCAGAAGUUCUGUGGCCACCAGAAAAUGACUUGUCAAGUAGCAAAGAUUAAGAAAGAGAGAAUAGUCUCUUGAAGAGGAUUCUUAACUCUCUGCUGGGUCCAUUGAAAAAAACCUCUAUGAAGUCUACUGUGUGUCAAACUCCUUGAUGAUCUCAGUCAAGCAAUUCUUUGGUGUCUCGUGAAAGCUCAGCAUGAGAUAAAGGCUCCUGGAGACUUCUAGGCAGAUGUUGAGGGAGCAGACUGUCACUGCUGGUGUUUUGGUCAGAGAGGCACCACUAUGGCUGCAACAGUGAACUUGGAGCUUGAUCCCAUUUUUCUGAAGGCCUUGGGCUUCUUGCAUUCAAAGAGUAAGGACUCUGCUGAAAAGCUGAAAGCACUUCUUGAUGAAUCUUUAGCCAGAGGAACUGACUCAAGCUAUCGUCCAUCUCAGAAGGAAGUAGAGCAACCAAAAGUAUCUGUUACCAAACCUAUUUCCAGUAAGCAAGAGCCUAAAUCUUCUAGUUUACCUUCUGGCAACAACAAUGGCAAGCCCACUGCAUCAGAAAAGGUGAAAAAAGAAACAGAAAAGAGAUCUGCUGAUAAAAUAAAAGGGGAUACAGCUGAAGGAGCUGAUGCACCAAAGAAGCCAAGACUAGAGAAGCAAGAGGCUCGUUCUUCUCCUAUUACAGUUCAGACAAGCAAGGAUUUAUCCAUGCCAGACUUAUCUAGCUUUGAAGAAACCAGUGCUGAUGACUUUGCUAUGGAAAUGGGAUUAGCUUGUGUUGUUUGCAGGCAAAUGACAGUUACUUCUGGGAAUCAGCUAGUGGAAUGUCAGGAGUGCCAUAAUCUCUACCACCAGGAUUGCCAUAAACCUCAGGUGACAGACAAGGAAGCGAAUGAUCCCCGACUCGUGUGGUACUGUGCCCGAUGUACCAGACAGAUGAAGAAAAUGGCUCAGAAGACACAAAAACCACCUCAGAAACCAGCUCCUGCGGUGGUUUCAGUUGCACCAGCUGUGAAGGAUCCAUUGGUCAAGAAGCCAGAAAUAAAGUUAAAACCUGAGACCCCAUCAACUUUUCUAGCAUUCAAGAGAACAGAAGUUAAGACCUCUGCAGCAAUUUCGGGGAACUCAGCCAGUACAAAUGUUUCCUCUUCAGCAACCAGUGGCCUUACAGGAUGGGCUGCUUUUGCAGCCAAAACCUCCUCUGCCAAUCCAUCAACUGCCAAACUGGGAUCAGCAGCACAGAGUGCCAGUGGGAAACCUGCAGCUUCUUCAAAUACCCAGAAACCUGUGGGCUUGUCGGGGCUGGCGACAUCCAAAGCGGGGCUAGCAUCAAAAAUGGCUUCUGCCAACAGCGGCACAAACCCUGUGCAGCUGAAACCCCCUCCGCCUCUGACGCUGGGGAAAACCACGCUGAGCCGUUCAGUGAGCAGUGACAACGUCAGCAAAGCCGGGCUGCCGAGCCCCGGCGGCGCCGCGCCGAGCGGCAGCCCCCAGGGCAGCGGCGGCAAUGGCAACGGCGCGGCCGCCGGCGGCAGCGGCAAAGCCCCAGCUGAGGCGGGCGGACAGACCGCCUCCCUCAAGGGCCCCACGUCCCAGGAGUCGCAGCUCAACGCCAUGAAAAGGCUGCAAAUGGUCAAGAAAAAGGCCGCUCAGAAGAAGCUUAAGAAGUAGUAGAGCUGCUUGCUGACGCUCUGUGAUCUGUGAAACAGCAAUGCUGGUGUUUUUCUCAGAGAAAAUCCCUCAGUUACUGGACUGAAACUGUACUUAUAUCAGGGAAGCCCAAAACUUACCUUAUACAGAAGGUCAAGCUUUGAUAAUCCCAGUAUUCCCUCUGAUUUUGCAAAUCUAUGCAUUUAAUAGAUUGGAGGAAUUCACUAUUCUGGGAUUUUAGUUCAAAGUGAUGAAACUUGGAAUUGCAAAAGUUGGGUCUUUUGGAGUGUAAAGAACACCCAGAUUUAUCUGGACACUGAAUAAAUUGAACUUACGGAAACUGUCAUUCAUUUUUGAACGUGAUUAAUAAAAGUAUUAUUAAUCUG